UGUCAUUAGUUUCCGGGUUCCGGACGCGAUAGUCGCUCCCGCUACAUCAGCGCAUCUUUCGGUUGUUUUUUGUGCAGGUUACAGGAUCAGGUUGUUCCAGGACGAUGGACAACCUAACAGCGAAUAAGAACUACACGACUGCUCAAGCAUGGCAGGGCCAGACGACCUGGUCCCCAGCCUCAACGAUCCACACUUUGUCCACCUACCAGCGCUCCGCCCAGAGGACGCAUUACAACCCCCAGCAGGCACCUGACAACUGCUUCCUCAGCACCAUGGCGUCCGUGUCGCCCGCCUCGCUCUUUGCCGGCGGCGAGUCCCAAACGUUCACUUUUGAUCAACAGGGCCACCCGACGCCAGUGCUGCCGGUUGACACGCGUGGUCCCCUGCAAACUUUGCCCGGAGCACCACCAUCGUCACACAAGGCAUCUUUUCAGUCUGUGUUAACAAAUCAACCGUUUCAGGGCGUGUCAACACUGCCUUCUUUUCAAAGCGUCCUCCAGGAGUCUGCUGCCUUCAGCCAGUCCUCGCCAGCUCCUCUAAUGGGGGCUCAGUCUGCGUCGUCCUCGCACUGCAGUGCCUCAAGUAACUCUGCUCAUCCUGAUAAAGACGCAACAAUUUUAACACCGACAAAGCGUUCUGCGAUUUUACUUCAGCGUUCACUUUUACUCAAACAGCUGUCAGCGAUGAACAAACUGCUGGAAUCGCUGCCUGCAGAAGAUGACGAUGAAAAUGGUGGAACAUCACCACACUCCAAUCCUCAGCUGGAAUCGCUCCCUCCAGAAGACAUUAAUGACAAUGGCAGAACAUCGCCACGCUCGAAGACUCAGAAGGAAUCACUGCAUCCAAAAGACGGUAACGACAAUGGCAAAACAUCUCCACGCUCUAAUACUCAGAUGGAAUGGCUGGCUCCUAUAGAGGAUGACGAAAAUGGCGGAACAUCACCACACUCCAAUACCAAGCUGAAAUCGCUGUCUCGAGAAAAAAAAAAGGGAAGAACAUCGCCACACUCGAAAACUAAGGAGCGUCACUUGUCUGACUCGUCAAAUGAAGGCCCUCCCGAUUCCUUCCCAAGCGACGACGAAAUUUCCGACGCUCUUUAUGACCCCGGCAAAGAUAAUGACUCUUUCUCCUCCUCGGACGAAUUAUGUCGCAGCCCAGACUCCCCUGUGUCCCGAAGGAAAGACAAGUCUCCCCUGAGAUCUCGCAAGGCUCGAAAGGAAGUGGCCAAACCGGACUGGACUUUGUUGAAAAACGUUAAGGUCCGCGCCAUGAAAGAGAGCAGAAAGCGUGUUUACCGCCGGAACUACUGCUUGUUUUGUGCCAAGGCCGUGUUCAAGAUGGCCAGGCACCUGCAGAGAGCUCACAGCCACAGAGCAGAAGUCGCUGCAGCCAUACAGUUACCCAAAGGCACCCGGGAAAGGCAGAAGGCAUGGAACCGAUUGAUGAACGAGGGGAACUUUGUGCACAAUAAGCACGUGUUAAAGACGGGCGAGGGGCAGCUGGCGCCCCGAAAGAGACCCCGCAUGACGGGGAAAGCCCAGGAUUUUCUCCACUGCCUCCACUGCCGAGGCCUUUUUAGGAAGAAAAGCCUAACCUGCCACAUGAGGCGAUGUCCGGAGAGGAAGAAGAAGGACAAUGAGGCGCGUAUACGGCAGGAACGCGUGGAGACGCGGUGCGCCCUGCAGGCCAUCGGAGACCUCGGCAUCAGCCUAGGCUUCCGGGCUGUCCUGUCGCAGAUGAACUACGACGACGUGACGCGCCUGAUCCUGACCGAGCCCGUCAUGCUGCAGUACGGCGAGGACAUGUUCAAGCAUUACGGCCCUGCCCCCAAGAGGCAGGAGUACAUGCGGCAGAACCUCCGCCAGAUGGCCAGGCUAGUGCUGGAGGCCUGGAAAAACACCCCACUCAAGAAGUUGGAGGAUUUCUUUUUACCUGAAAACUUCCAGCACGUGGUGUCGGCCGUCAACGUCCUGGCCGGCCACGACCCGUCCACUAAGACCUAUUGCACGCCCUCGCUGGCCAUCAAGCUGGGUUACUCCCUCCAGAAGGUCUGUCUCAUCGUCCAGGAGAGAGCGCUCAAAUUUGGCGACGCGAGCCUGGUAGAGUCAACCAACGACUUCCUGGUUGUGUAUAGGAAGGAAUGGAACAAGAUGAUUUCUUCUGGCGCCUUGUUGGAGCUUCGGAAAACCAAAUUUAUCUCAAAGCAGAAGGUGCCUGACGUUCAAGCUGUGAAGCAACUCAACUUCCACGUGGAGAAAGUCCACAUUCUUGCUGAGAAGAAAUUGCGGGCAGCCCCUUCUGCGGAAACUUAUGGCGCUCUGGCCCGGGUCAUUCUGGCCCGCAUCGUGCUUUUCAACAGGAGACAAAGCCCCGAAGUGUCCCUGAUGCCUCUCACGGCUUUGAAGUCCAUUAAGAAGCCCAACCCGCAGGACAACUUGGACAUAUCCGUGUGCGAGCUGGAGAGGAACAUGUGCAGGGUCUUGACUAGAAUCGAAAUACGCGCCACAAGCGGCAGGAUGGUGCCGGUCAUAUUGAAAUCAUCCUUCCUAGCGACCCUGGAACUCCUCGCAAGUGUCCGCAAAGUUUGCGGCGUCCCCGCCAAAAACCCUUAUUUGUUCGGCCGCCCACACACACUCUCAGCCUACAGGGCCUCCAGAUGCAUCCUGGUGUUCGCCAAAGACAGUGGCGCCAAGGACCCUGAAAAGCUCUCAUCGAUCAAAAUCCGCAAGCACCACGCCGCCAUGUUGCAUCUCAUCAACCUGAAUCCACAGGAGGCGGAGCAAAUAUUGGGCCCCGUCAAUUGUGUGAAGAGCCUGCGGGAGAACCUCAGCCUGGAGCUAAAAGACGUUGGCCUGGACUCUGAAGGCCAACAUCUAGCAAGAUUACAGUUUGGAGGAGCAUGGCCUGGCCAAUGGGAGAACUGCGAGACCUCCAGGGGAGCGUCUGGUGCAAGCGUGAUUAAUUGUAUACCUUCUAGGAGGGCAAGGAACAAAGGCUCCCAAGUCCAAAGCAAGCACAAGUGGAGCGAGGCGGAGGUCCACGCCGUGGAGAGACAUAUGAUGCCCUUAAUCUGCGGCCACAAGGUGCCGCAGAAAGAGGACUGCAUCCGGUGUCUCAACGCUGAGCCGCAAGCACUGGGUACACGCUCGUGGAAGGGUGUCAAGGACUACGUCAGGAACAGGAUCACCGCCCUGAAAAGACAACAGCGCUCAUAGCUGUUGAUGGAGCUGCAGCACCCUGUGUAUAUCUGGACACAUUUAUUGAGACAUUUAGUUUUUACGGCUUGCUCUUCCUGCAUAUUUAAAUGUGUGUUUGUUCUUUGUUGUGCCAUUCCAGACAAAACAUUCCUAAAUGGUUUUGUUUUGGCAUUAUAUUUGACAGCAUAUGAUAUUUCCCGGGUUCCGGUUUGGUGGCCGCGGGAUUAGGUCUCGGCUUUUUGCAGAUGAUGUGGUCCUGAUGGCUUCAUCUGACCGGGAUCUUCAGCUCUCACUGGAUCUGUUCGCAGCCGAGUGUGAAGCGACCGGGCUGAGAAUCAGCACCUCCAAGUCCGAGUCCAUGGUUCUCUCCCGGAAAAGGGUGGAGUGCCAUCUCCGGGUUGGGAGGGGGACCCUGCCCCAAGUGGAGGAGAUCAAGUACUUAGGAGUCUUGUUCACAAGUGAGGAAAGAGUGGAUGGUGAGAUGGACAGGCGGAUUGGUGCGGCGUCUUCAGUAAUGCGGACGUUGUACCGAUCCGUUGUGAAGAAGGAGCUGAGCCGGAAGGCAAAGCUCUCAAUUUACCGGUCGAUCUACGUUCCCAUCCUCACCUAUGGUCAUGCGCUUUGAGUCAUGACCGAAAGGACAAGAUCACGGGAACAAGCGGCCCAAAUGAGUUUCCUCCGCCGUGUGGCGGGGCUCUCCCUUAGAGAUAGGGUGAGAAGCUCCGUCAUCCGGGAGGAACUCAAAGUAAAGCCGCUGCUCCUCCACAUCGAGAAGAGCCAGAUGAGGUGGUUCGGGCAUCUGGUCAGGAUGCCACCCGAACGCCUCCCUAGGGAGGUGUUUUGGGCACGGGGUAGACCCAGAACACGUUGGGAAGACAAUGUCUCCCGGCUGGCCUGGGAACGCCUGGGGAUCCCUGGGAAAAGCUAGACGAAGUGACUGGGGAGAGGGAAGUCUGGGCUUCCCUGCUUAGGCUGCGGCCCACGCGACCCGACCUCAGAUAAGCGGAAGAAGAUGGGAUGGAUGAUAUUUCCUCUUUGUCAAGUCUCAUUAGAAAAAGAGGUGACAAAAUUAAAUGUAGUUUUAAAAGAACUAUAA